AUGGCCGGAGAAGAAAGGAGAGUGGGGGUGGCAGUAGAUUUCUCGACGUGCAGCUUGGAAGCGGUGAAGUGGGCGGUGGAAAACGUUGUCCGGGAAGGUGAUUACCUUAUCCUCGUCACCAUCCGCCCCCAUAUCUACUACGAGGAGGGCGAGAUGCAGCUCUGGGAAACCACCGGCUCUCCUCUAAUCCCUUUGAAUGAGAUUUCUGACCCGACGAUCAUGAAGAAAUACGGAGUGCAUCCUGAUCUUAAUACUCUGGAAAUUGUCAACAAGGCUGUUGAGAAGAAAAAGAUUGUGGUGGUUAUGAAGAUUUUCUGGGGAGAUCCACGCGAGAAAAUCUGUGAGGCCGUUGACACCAUUCCUCUCAGCUCUCUUGUUGUAGGCAGUAGAGGCCUUGGCAAGAUCAAGAGGGCUAUAAUGGGCAGCGUCAGCAACUAUGUGGUGGGCAAUGCUCCCUGUCCUGUUACCGUCGUCAAGAACGCCAAUUUCUAACUUUUUGUUGAUGAUAAGAAGCAUGGCCUGAGACUUGACACCCUUUAGCUAGGAUUUUUGACAUUUUUUAGGGUAAAAUAGAUUUAAAUUUCUGCUGUGGUGGUGUGU